AUGGCGGCGCAGGCUCGUUCAGAUCACUACAGCACGCUGGGCAUCCCUCGCCGCGCUGGGGCUGACGAGGUCACCCGGGCGUACCGAUCGCUGGCGAAGCAGUACCACCCCGACAAAGCCUCGCACUUGGACGAGGCCGCCCGACGAGAGCGAGAACGCCAGAUGGCCGCAAUCAACGUCGCGUACUCGGUGGUGAUCUCUCCGCGCCAGCGGCAGGAGUACGACCUCGGGCUCCCGGAGACCCCGCCCGGCGCGGCGCGGCCGGGGCCGGCGGGGGCGUUUGCGCGCGCCGCCAGCCGCGCCCAGGCGGCACCCGCCUGCCACCCCCCCGCCUCAGGGCGGUCGCCCGUGUCGGCGGGGGGCGGCUUGAUCGCAGGCGGCGGGCCCCCGAGGCCCCGCUACCAGAGCGCGGGGAAGUACACGCAGAGCAGCCGGCAGGCCCGGCGCAUGGACCCCUCGCAGUACACCGUGCACGUGGACGGCCGUGCCCGGCAGUUCGGCGGCGCCGCCGGCCCCGGCGCCGGCGACCCCGCGCCAGCGCCCGCCCCCUCCGCCGCCGGACCAGCGACCGUCGACGCGGGUGCGCGCGCGGGCGAGGUCCGGGACCCGAGCUACCUGCAGAGGCGGCUCGACCAGGCGCGCGAGUGGGAGAGGCUGCACUGCCCCGAGGGGCCGCCCGCGCCCCAGUACGAGUGGAAGGCGGCCUCGCGCGACGUGCUCCGCGCCGUGCGGGAGCGCAGGCAGAACAGGGACCUCUUGGAGGAGGAGUCCGCCGUGGCCGCGGCAGCUUGA